CAGGUCCCGGAGCUCCGCCACCGCCGGGUGCCGCGGGGCUGGCGCGAUGCGGCGGCUGUGCCGGGGCCGCGUGCUGGGCAUCUCGGUGGCCAUCGCGCACGGGGUCUUCUCGGGCUCCCUCAACAUUCUGCUGAAGUUCCUCAUCAGCCGCUACCAGUUCUCCUUCCUGACCCUGGUGCAGUGCCUGACCAGCUCCACCGCGGCGCUGAGCCUGGAGCUGCUGCGGCGCCUCGGGCUCAUCGCCGUGCCCCCCUUCGGCCUGAGCCUGGCGCGCGCCUUCGCGGGGGUCGCAGUGCUCUCCACGCUGCAGUCCAGCCUCACGCUCUGGUCCCUGCGUGGCCUCAGCCUGCCUAUGUACGUGGUCUUCAAGCGCUGCCUGCCCCUGGUCACCAUGCUCAUCGGCGUCCUGGUGCUCAAGAACGGCGCGCCCUCGCCUGGGGUGCUGGCGGCCGUGCUCAUCACCACCUGCGGCGCCGCCCUGGCAGGAGCCGGCGACCUGACUGGCGACCCCAUGGGAUACGUCACGGGCGUGCUGGCAGUGCUGGUGCACGCCGCCUACCUGGUGCUCAUCCAGAAGGCGAGCGCGGACACGGAGCACGGGCCGCUCACCGCGCAGUAUGUCAUCGCCGUCUCCGCCACUCCGCUGCUCGUCGUCUUCUCCUUCGCCAGCACCGACUCCAUCCACGCCUGGGCCUUUCCCGGCUGGAAGGAUCCGGCCAUGGUCUGUAUCUUCGUGGCCUGCAUCCUGAUCGGCUGCGCCAUGAACUUCACCACGCUGCACUGUACCUACAUCAACUCGGCCGUGACCACCAGCUUCGUGGGCGUGGUGAAGAGCAUCGCCACCAUCACGGUGGGCAUGGUGGCCUUCAGCGACGUGGAGCCCACCUCUCUGUUCAUUGCCGGCGUCGUGGUGAACACGCUGGGCUCCAUCAUUUACUGUGUGGCUAAAUUCGUGGAAACCAAAAAGAGAAGCAACUAUGAGGACCUAGAGGCGCAGCCAAGUGGAGACCAGCUGCCUUUCGUUAUGGAGGAGCUGCCCGGGGAGGGUGGAAAUGGCAGGUCAGCAGGUGGGCAGGGAGCAGGUGGCUCCGCUCAGCAGAGGGGUCAAGAGGCGAGGGGCAGCCCCAGAGGAGUCCCGCUGGGGGCUGGGAGCUUGCAGAUCUCAGAUAGCUGUGGAGAAGGCGGCAAGAGGUCCUUGAAGGACGCUUACCUGGAAGUGUGGAGGUUAGUUAGGGGAACCAAGUACAUGAGGAAGGAUUACUUGAUAGAAAACGAGGAGUUACCCAGUCCUUGAAAAGCAAAGGCAUGUGUGUACAUAUGUACAUACACUUAUAUGUUAGAAAUAACAUUUUCAUGAGGGGCCUCCCAGUUUUAUUCCUUGAGGAGAGGGGAGGGGAAGCAAAGAAAGAAGCUGAAAGCGACUGAGAGCAACAAAAUUAGCACGUGUGUGAAUUAUUUAGCGUGACUACCUGAGGCAUCACGGAGACAAAAGGAUGGGAGGUGCUGAAAGUAAGGCAGCGGUUUCAGCUUCCGACUCCUGGCACUUUUAUUUUUGGUCGUUAUCACCAUAACCAAAUGUCUGCAUGUACCAAGAGUCCCUCAACCGCCCCCUCUGAAGAUGGAAUGCAGAAAUGAUGACAGCACUUAAUAAGCUCAAAGAUGACAUUCAGGGGCACAUUUUUGAUGAUAGUUAAAACCACAGUUUUUAUUGCCAGCUGGGCAAAGAGUGUAUUGUUGAAAUGACACAUAUAAAUACACUGAAUUGAUGUUUACUGUUUAUAGUCAUCUGAAAUAUGUUUACUCUAAUCUUUCUUCGCUUGUUUUUUUAAAAUAAGUGCUCUAUUAUUCUAUUAUAUAUUGGUAGAAAAUGUCAAAGCUAUUUUGAAAAUAUGAGUUCUUAGCUUUCAUCAUGAAGUCUAAAGUUUGCAUUUAGUAAUUAUAAAAAUAUUUUAAAAGUUGUUUUGUUUCAUCGCUUUAUACUAUUUAUUACUGAAUGCCAUAACCUUUUUAAAAACCAGUUUUACUGUGUCCGGUAUUCUUUUAAGCAAAUGCAAUGGCUGACAUAUAAUACAGUAUUAACUGAAGCCCAACCAGAAGGGAGACCAUCUUGAAAGCAAUUCAAGUCUCACUGCACAUUCCAAACCAUGUCACAGAAAGCGACUGCUAUAUUCACAUUAUGAUAUUUUUCUAUCUUAAAUUUGUCAAAAUAAAGUAUGAGUCUAUCUGUUAAAA